CGCCACACUAUCCUCUUCAACUCUACGCCGAAGAUGUCCGACCGUGCCGCUAACGUUUACAUGGCCAAGCUCGCCGAGCAGAGUGAGCGCUACGACGAGAUGGUCGAGUCGAUGGGUCUUGUUGCCAAGCUUGACGUCGAGCUCACCGUCGAGGAGCGCAACCUCCUUUCGGUCGCCUACAAGAACGUCAUCGGUGCCCGCCGCGCCUCGUGGCGCAUCAUCUCCUCCAUCGAGCAGAAGGAGGAGUCCAAGGGCAACGAGGAGCACGUCGAGCGCAUCCGCGCCUACCGUGCCCGCGUCGAGGCCGAGCUGCAGAAGAUCUGCGCCGACAUUCUCGACAUCCUCGACCACCACCUCAUCCCGUCGUCGACCACCGGCGAGUCGCGCGUCUUCUACUACAAGAUGAAGGGCGACUACCACCGCUACCUCGCCGAGUUUGCCACCGGCUCGGGCCGCAAGGCUGCCGCCGAGAACUCGCUCAUUGCCUACAAGGCCGCCUCGGACAUUGCCCUCACCGAGCUCCCGCCCACCCACCCGAUCCGCCUUGGCCUCGCCCUCAACUUCUCGGUCUUCUACUACGAGAUCCUCAACUCGCCCGACCGCGCGUGCCAUCUCGCCAAGCAGGCCUUUGACGACGCCAUCGCCGAGCUCGACACCCUCUCGGAGGAGUCGUACAAGGACUCGACGCUCAUCAUGCAGCUGCUCCGCGACAACCUCACCCUCUGGACCUCGGACAUGCAGGGCUCGGACGGCGACGAGAAGGAGAAGGACGGCGACGAGUAA